AAGUCAGUCAUGUGGUCUUACUUGACUUUACGUACGCUUUACUCUGACAGUGACAGCGGCGAGCUGCUAGUUCGUACCGAGGUGCCGGACACGAUCACGGACUGGGUGGGAGGCGGCUUCUGCACGAGUGAGGAGACGGGACUCGGCAUCUCCCCGCCGUUCUCUCUGCGCGCCUUCCAGCCGUUCUUCGUCUCCUACACACUGCCUUACUCUGUCAUUCGCGGGGAGAAGGUGCCGCUCAUCGUGUCCGUCUUUAACUAUCUCUCCGAAUGUCUGGCGAUUUCGCUCACUCUCGAUGAAUCGGUCGCGUUUGACAUCAUUGACGGAAGCGAGGCUGAGAUAUGUGUAUGUGGAAGCAGAUCAGCCACUCACAGGUUCAUGAUUCAACCCCGAGAGCUAGGCGACGUCAACAUCACUGUACACGCCAUGACUGCUGACUCAGGUAGCGCCAUCUGUCGAGCCGGUGCCGUCAUGAGCACAGUCACAGGAGUCCGCGAUGCGAUCACGCAGCCACUGCUGGUGGAGGCGGAGGGCGUAGAGAAGUCCUACUCCAUUAACUGGUUCGUCUGCCCGGACGACGGGGAACCUUUCUCUCGACGUCAUGGAUCUAAUGCUACCAUCCGAGACCUAGUACCCGAUUCGGGUCGUGCACGGGUGUCCAUCAUCGGUGACGUCAUGGGAGCUCCCUUAGAUAAUCUUGACGGACUGCUGAAAUGCCGUACGGAUGCGGGAGCAGAACAUGAUAAC